CAUGAUAGGCCGUUUCCUGCUACAACAAGAGUCUGACAAAAUCAGAAGAUGGUUAGAGACAUGGGAAGUGUAGCGUUAGUCUGAUGUUACCGGCUUCACUUCCGUUAAAGCUGGGCGUCCGUCGUUAACUGUAAGUAGCCGGUGAUGAUAGAUUAUUUCCAGAGAUGUAGCCGAGGCUGCACACCUCCGUUACUUGGAAACUGAAAGAAAUUUUUGCGGAAAGUUUUUCUCUUCGGAUGGAGGAGGCUUUGAGACUGUGGCCACGGGGCUGUUUUCUCCUCUCUUUUGUGAUGAUGGAAGAUGCCAGACUCUGAGUGACACAAUGUCUUGGGGGGAGUUAAUCGAGCUACGUGACCUGCGCUCGAACAGUGAGCAGAUAGAGCUGACCAACUCACGUUUGCCCUGCUCACCUCCUCGCCUGGAAAGAACCAACGCCUUGAGGAUCAGCCCGGGGAAGGUGCCAGAUCUUCUGAGCCGGGUGGGCAUUAUCAGAGUCCUGAGCAGCUCCCAGGACCCCCAGCUCAUAGAGGAAAAGGGAGAAGGACACAACUUCCAGCCCUGCAGCCACGCUCAGCCCACAUGGUGUGACCUGUGUGGAGACUUCAUCUGGGGCCUUUACAAGCAGAGCCUGCGGUGUGUCAAUUGUAGAUUCACAUGCCACUACCGCUGUCGUGCCCUAAUCCAGUUGGAUUGCAGCUGGGACCGAGGCUCUGUGUCUGACCAAACAUGCGUUGUGGAGCACACCAUAGAAACAGAUACAAAUGUGGAUGAACAAAUUGAAUGUGGCAAGCAGGAGCUGACAACUGCAGAAAUUCAGCAGAAGGUGAAGGAGUACAACGCUCAGAUCAACAGCAAUCUGUUCAUGAACAUGAACAAGGAUGGUUCCUACACCGGCUUCAUAAAGGUGCAGUUCAAGUUGGCACGACCUGUGUCAGUCCCACCUCCUAAGAAAGGAGGUCAUGAUGCUGGCGGGAGGAAGGCUAGCGGAGUGAAGCGUCGCACCUCUUUCUACUUGCCAAAGGAUGCAUCCAAGCACCUGCACAUAAGCUCUCGUACUUCUGCUCGUGAGGUCAUUGAGGCUUUAUUGAAAAAGUUUACUGUGGUGGACAAUCCUGGCAAGUUCGCCCUGUUUGAGCGCAGCGAGCGUCACGACCAGGUUUAUGUUCGCAAACUGUCUGAUAAUGAGCGUCCCCUCCGUUUGCGCCUGUCUGCUGGACCCAAUGAGAAAGUCCUCAGUUUCGUGCUCAAAGAAAAUGAAACUGGAGAAGUCAACUGGCAUGCCUUCUCCAUGCCUGAGUUAAAUAACUUCCUGCGCAUUCUGCAGCGUGAAGAGGAGGAACACAUCAAGCAGAUAGUGCAGCGAUACGCUGUGGCACGCACUAAGAUGCAGGAGGCUUUGGCUGGCUCCACCCCUGGCUGAGACAACUCUGCGCUCGGGGUUAAACGUGCACUUCUUGGCUGGAAAAUCACCUGAAGAUGACCAGUCAUCGCUGCAUCCAAAGAUCCCAGAGAACACAACUCAAAACGCCUCUUCGGUGAACGAGAGAGUGAGACAGGGCGCAAGACAAUGAGAGAGAGAGAGAGAGCUAGCGCGAAUGUGCGUGUGUAAUGAUGCGAGAAAUGAGAAGUGCCUUACACCUGGAGAGUCUGAUGUGCCUGAGAGAAUGAGUUGAGAGAAAUGACAACUGGCAGAUGAGACAGCGGUUGUAUCCCUGUGUGGGUGCCAUCUGAUUAUUCUGUACCUCAGCUAUGUCACUUUAGCUUUAUAGGAAAUGUCGGUGGUUUUGACACUAUAAGGUUUUUUUAAAAAUCCAUUUGUCAGUUAAGAACUGUGUUAUAGUUGAGCAGAAAGCCAUCUUGAAGUUACAUUCCUGUUUUUCCCCCCAGAAUACAAGUCCAACAAGCCAUUAAGGCCCUUUUUAUAAUAUAUUCUUGUACAACCUACCAUAAUAUAUAAAUAUAUUUCUCAACUUAAUAUUGACAUUUUCUAGACCAGUCCUGUAAGAAAGUUAAACACAUAGUUGAUGCUGAAAGGUAUUUGGAUUUUCAUUUGACCCGGUCUCAAAAAUCUGCCAUGUCUCUCUACACCCCCCAGUGGGUGCAACUCAACUUUUUUUUUUCUUUUUUUUUUUUUUGUGCGUAGUAGUAGUUUUGUGUGAGUAUGACCUGUGUGUGGACAUUUGUAUGCAGGUAUGAAUGUCAGGGAGAGCAAUGUCAAAGUCACUCUGGUUGACUGGAAUCAUGAAUGAAUAUUGGUAUAUGUGUGUUUCACUGGAAGCUGUUUGUCAUUCCUUAUAUGUGUUUUGUCUGUCCUUAAAGAAAUCUUCUGUAUUUCAGCUUACUUUCUUUAUUUCCAUCUAUGCACAAAUAUACAUGUUGUAGCAACCUUAAAAUAUGUGACAAAUGUGCACUGUGGUCAGUAAAGAAUUUCCCAGUUCUCUAAAAA